AUGAUUUCUUCUUCAACUAUUAUUGAUUAAUAUUUGGUUUAAGAUGAUCAAAGAGGCAAACUGAUAUCGGUUUUACAAGCUGUAUUCAUACUUUUUAUAUUUUAGAUUGGAAAUAUUUUGCCAAAUAUCAUAAUGAGUUCAAAAUAAAGUCAAAUGUGUCAAUUACCAUUCUUUUCGACGCAUGCUUAAAAGAUUUGUAGACUUAUGAAAAUAUUACUCCAAAAAAGAAUAAUAAUAAUUAUCAUUGCAUUAUAUAAUAGAAAAAAAACAAAUAAGUUUUGUUGCCUUAAUUGCUUAAAUUUAAAAAAGAUAGGUAACUAGAUAUAUAGUUAUGAAUAAGCAAUAAGGUAAAAUAUUCCUUGUAUAUAAUUUAGAUUUCAAGGAAAUGGUUGGCCAAAUCAUAUAUCAAUGAGUUUUAGAGCGCUCUAUCACACAGGUAUACAUUUUUAAAUUCCAAUUUUGAAAAAGAGUUUAGUCUAUCUGUGCUAUGUUAAGAUCAAGAAAAUAAAGAAAAGUUACUUCUUAUUUGAUUUUUUUGAAGUGAAAAAACAAUUGCUUGGUCUGGUAGUUGGGUUGGCAGCCAUGAUAAUGAAAUUAUUUUCAAUGUAGUGUAAUCCUCCCUGA